UUACCAGAUUCGUUGGCAGUGCCCACCAAUGCAGAAGCUCUGCGAGAGCCAGAUCCAGAUGUCUCUUCCUUGGAUCAGUUGUUUGACAGCACGUCAUUGAAGGAAUCGUCUGUCAAUGCCAGUUCCUCUUCCUCUCUGCAGGCGGUGGCAGUAGCUCAUGAUGACACCAUUGUUGUCUCGCCACCACCGGGCUGCUUGUCUCCUGGGCCACCCAUUACAUCGCGGAGACCUUACAAUUGGGCUAAAACAUUUAUCAUCAGAACUGACCGUGGGGGAUCUUAUCAUAUAUAUCCUUAUAUUGGUGGGCCCUUUCAGAGCUUACAUUAAGUUGAUAUUGCUAUCAAUCGCCAUCUUGAUGACCUGCAGGAUAAGAACGUGUGCUUAGAAGAGAUGUCCUGGACAGAGAGAGUUACAAGGCGGGCUCUUUACCGGCCUGAUGGCACAAGAAAGAAGCUUUCAAAGUCGUCAUUAGAACCGGAAAGGCUUAAGCAUACACGCCUAUUAGUUGAAGCUCUACUGGACAAAUAUAACGAUGACCACAAUCGUUUGGGGAAUCUUGCGUAUGAACUCAAAGAUAUUGUGUGCAUCCAAUCAGUCUGUGAGGGCAGCUCUCAGAAACAUGAUUGGUACUAUCAUCUCAAUUUCACUGCAAGGACUGAAGGAGAUGAUGAAUUUCACAGUGGCACCGACAAUCUGUUCUUUGCGGAAGUCACACGUCUUGGAGGACCAUAUAAAGAUUUUGCGCUCAGCUGUUUCUACAUGCUUAAACCUAAUGAUAAUGGUCAGUGUCGUGGUUGUACACAUAAUAAAAGGGUUGACCUGAAGCACCCUAAUAAUGCUUAUGAGUACACCGGUGGCCACUUGGAUCCCUAUUUGCCAUAUGGUGGUGACACUGCAAUACAGGACAACGGCCCUGAUAAGAAUUUGGGUCCUGAGGAGGAGGAGGCUAUGCUGCAAGCCAAGGAGGAGGCUAGGCUAAAACGUAUAUACAAGUGCCUUGAUGAUCCAAAGUUUUUGGAGAAAAUGAGAAGGCGUUUCAAAGAUGAUCCGCGUGCCGAAGCUUUUUUUCAGCCCCAAAAAAGACCAGAUCCUCAGCAUGGUACACCUUUGGCAGACGCGCAGUAGAAAGCUGAUGUAGCUCCAGCUACUUAGGGCAUGUACAAUGGUUCUAUCUUAAAAAUGCCAUGUAGGACAAAUGAUGAGAUGAUUUCUUAGCAUAAUAUGUCUCAUCACGUUUUUAGAAAUAGCUAGUUAUUAAAGAUAAGCCUAAGAGAUGACCCAUUGUAGACAUGUUUUUUUGCCAUCUCUAAAUUACAUGCAAAACUUAAGAUAUGGCUAUCUUACCAACCAUUGUAUAUGCCCUUAUUUGUCUCGUGCUAAUUUAUAUGUUUUGUUGUUAGGAACCCUGUAAUGUUCUUACCAAGUUUGACAGUGAAGUUGACUUUGUUA